AUGGCAACAUCAAUCUCCGAAGUUACUCGAGCAGUUGAAGCAUUACUUGCGAAUCCGCCUCCCGUGGAAGACCGAAAAGAUGGCGAAGCCGAACACCUUUUCGAUGCCAUGGAGCGUCUGCGAGUUACUUUGGAGAAGCCAGAGCAAACAGUCAAUCGAAUCAUAUUCUCCUGUCGAACGCUGCCAAUCAUCAAGAUUGCUCAGGGCAUGGGCAUUUUCGACGCUUUUGCAGACGUUGGGUUGAACCAUCCUCUGACGCUUGGACAGCUCGAUGAGCAAACCAAGGGAGACCGGACAAUGUUGACGAGAAUUCUUCGUUUGUUAAUUACGGAGAAGGUCAUCACCAAGUCGAACGAUGAAUACACAUUGGCACCUUUCGCUUACCAGUUCCGCAACGAUACAGUCUCAGGAGAAGUCGUGAAACAUUUCCAUGCGAUCACCGCGAUCCAGUCGCCCAACUACCUGAAGGCACGAGAUUACAUGAGCCCGGACGAUGCUUUUGACGCACCUCAUCAAUUUGCCAACAACACGAAAAACCACUACUUUCACUGGCUAGCUGACGACGAGGAGAGACAGCGUCCAUUCAAUGCGACGAUGUCUUUACCUCGUCAUGACGAUCACAACCAAUGGUUCGAUAUAUACCCUGUCAGAGAGAGGCUCAAUGACGAAUCGCAUGUUUUCGUGGAUCUUGGCGGGGGGUCGGGGCAUGACAUUGCAAGAUUGAAGACCAAAUUCCCAGAUCUACCGGGGCGACUGGUCCUUCAAGAUUUGCCGGCGGUGGUGAGAGGAGUCUCACUGCCGAACGGAAUCGAAAUCAACCCACACAACAUGUUCGACCCGCAACCGAUCAAGGAUGCUAGAGCAUAUUAUAUGCGCACUGUGCUUCACGACUGGCCUGACAAGCAAGCUCUCGAAGUGCUUUCCAGAGUCCGGGAGGCGAUGGGCAAGGAUUCAAUCCUUCUGAUCAAUGAGAACGUCCUGUCUGAAAGCGGUGCGGACGACACGCCGGUGGUUGCCCACACAGAUUUCACUAUGAUGCUGAACUUCUCAUCUCGUGAGCGAACGGAAUCAGAGUGGAUCGAGCUGCUACAGAAAGCUGAUCUGAAGCUGAUCAAGGUCUGGAGACCAAGAGUGACGAUCAAGUCCAGAGCUUUGUUCGAGGCAAUGCGUGUGGAUUAA